AUGUCCAUUUGGACCACAAUGAAUGGAUGUAAGUGGGAGAAGGGUGGCAUUGGGAUCUGGGAAGAGGGGGAAGUUUUGGAGAAGCAUGAUGGAUCUGCUUUGACCUAUGAGGAGUGGGUUCAUGGAACUAAGAUGCUUGAUAAAGAGACAACAAAUGAAUCAGACCUUUAUGACGUGGAAUUGGGUAGGCUUCAGGUGCCAAAAUUAAUCAAGGAAUACAUUGAUGAAGUAACGACUCAAUUGAGAAUGGUUUGUGGUUCUGAUUCAGAGGAGCUAUCAUUGGAAGAAAAGCUUGCUUUCAUGCAUGAAACUAGGCAUGCAUUUGGGAGGAUAGCUCUGCUGUUAAGUGGGGGUGCGAUAAUUGCUGCUGGUUCAGUUGUGGGAUCCUUUAUCUGUGCCGUUGUUGCCACUAGGACUUGGCCUGAACUUCAGAGUUUUUUCGAAGAUUUCUGGUACUCAUCACAAUUUGUAUAUCACAUGGGUGGGAUUUUUACAGUUGUUAAGAGAGUCACAACAUUUGAUGCUGUUCAUGAGAUCAGACAGUUGCAAAUGAUGUUGAGGCAUCUGACAUGCAAACUUACAUUUCAAAAAUCUUAUGACAUGACAGGUAGAAUUCUUAGAAUUACAUGCAGUCACUGCAUCUUGUGCCUUUCUGGCCUUUUUGAGGCUCAGGAAUUGAUGGCAAAGGAUAGAAGUGAGGACAUUGUUCCUUACCUUCCUCCUUUUAACUUAGGCCAUGAAGAGGGCUCCACACCAGCGUGCAGUUGGACGGAUGAUAGCUUGGAGAUUGAUUUACCUAUGAUGUAG